AUGGAGGCGUUGGAGGAGAUUGUGCAGCAGGGGAAGGCGAGAUUUGUCGGUCUCUCCAAUUUUACCGCAGACGAAAUCCAGACGUGCAUGGAAACACGGCGUGUCGAUGUUAUACAAUAUGCCUGCAACCUGUUUGAUCGACGCAUGGCAAAAUGGAUCUUCCCCUACGCCCAAGAAAACGGCAUCGGCGUCAUGACAUACGGCUCGCUCGCCUACGGGAUGUUGGCGGGCGCGUUUACGGAAGAAACGACAUUCGAGGAAGAUGAUUGGCGACGCAGAGGGGGAAGCAACAUGUCGUUAAAGUUGUUUCAACCGGGGAUUUUCCAGCGUAACGUUCAAGCGGUGAACCAACUCAAAGAGAUUGCGGAAGGGCUCGGGAAAAAUCUGCCACAGCUCGCACUCAAUUGGGUGAUUUCCAACCCAGCGGUCAGCGUUUCGCUCGUUGGGGCAAGACGGUCUUCUGAAGUAGAGGACAACAUGGGCGCCGUCGGUUGGAAACUAACGGACGACGUGAAGGCGGAAAUCGAUCGCGUCUUCGCUGAGUACGAAAUCGACACAGCACCCAACAAAUGGACGGAACAGAUCAAUCAAUAA